AUGAAUAUGUUGAUUUUUGUUGCAUCUGUUCUUGACCCUAGACGUAAGUUGGGAUUUGUGCAAUAUGCUCUUUCUACUAUGUAUGAAGGCGACAAAGGUUUAUUAGUGGGGAAAAAGGUACAGGAUACAACAAUGGAAUUGUUUGCUGAGUAUAAAAAGUUGUCACAAUCUAAAAAUGAAGAAUCAAACAGAAGUGAAACUUCAAGCUCGACUUGCUCCACAGCCUCCACUGGUCAAGGUGAAGCAGUAGAACGAAAGUUCAAAGUUUUGUAUCAAAAGUACAAGACUCAAAUUGGAGGUGGAGAUAAUAAAUCAGAGUUGGAUAGGUAUUUGGGGGAGGAUUGUGAAGAGGACGUGGAGGGUUUUGAUAUUUUGGAGUGGUGGAGGUUAAAUAGUCAAAGGUUUCCCGUCCUUUCACAUAUGGUUCGUGAUGUUUUAGCAGUUCCCAUCUCUACAGUUGCUUCAGAGUCUGCUUUUAGCACAGGGGGGCGUGUUCUCGAUGCCUUUAGGAGUUCUUUGACUCCUAAAAUUGUUCAAGCUCUUAUCUGUACACAAGAUUGGAUUCGGGGUUCACAUACUCCAAUUAAGGUUGAAGAAGACAUAGAUGACCUUGAAAAUCUAGAAAAAGAGUUGUCAAAGGUUGCAUUGGAGUCCACAAUUGGUGAAUAAGACAAACAAAGAAAGACAAAGG